AUGGCCGAGUUUGUGUCAGCCAUCGGCACCAUCGCUGCGAUGGCACAGAUGGCCGAAUACGCGGCAAAGGCCUCACUCGAAUUCUAUGAUUUCCUUUUAACGAUUAAAAACGCCCCUCGCGAGGUUAUGGACAUAACCCGUGAUAUUCAAACAUUCAACAAACUGGUCUGCAAUCUUCAAAGCUCGUUGAACUCGCCAGCCGUGCAGGAAGUCGUUGACCGAGAUGUCGAGAUCAGUAAUUCGCUCCAGUCGCUGGAGGAACCGAUCACGAACUGUUGCGAUGUUUUCAACAAUUUAAUGGCAAAAAUGCGUCCGCAUCUGAAGGAAGAGGAGCCGCUGUCGGAGAAGCAGCAGCAAUCUGUCGCAGACAAUGUCGCUUCGGCGAUAAAACCGAGUCGGAGAAUUAGUCGAGGAUCCGUGAAAUGGUAUUUCAAAAGGAGGGAGGUGUACCAACUGGUAGGCCAGUUGGAGCGCACCAAGUCCACUUUUGCAGAUGCUAUGGGGAGCAUUACCUUGCUUGACUCUAACAAUAGAACUGGAAGGCUCCUAACGUUGAAAUCAUCUGCGCUCAAGUCAGAACCAUCUAGCUUUGCCCUUUCUUCUGCAAGCACUCUUGUUGCAAAUGAUGGAACACCAUUUGACAGUGAUGCAGGCACCGCGCUUCUACAUUUCGCCGAAACAGCAUCCGUUUCGAACUACUCAGUCUCUCUAAAACACGGGCCAGAUGCAACGGAACCCAAACAACCAGAGCUUCAUCGCAACAACACUGCUUUGACCAAACUACUCAUGCAAUCAGUCCAGGAAGGGUCCAUAUCCGACACACGCGACGCCUUAAAAGUCGUACAUGUCGACAGCCAGGAUGCCGAUGGACGAACCGCGCUGUCCUUUGCAGCAGAAUUGGGGCGUCUUGAAAUUGCAGAGUUGCUGAUUAGUCAACACGCCUCUGUGUCGAUUCGGCAGUACACCAACAAACGGAGGGCCAAGGAAAGACCGCAUUUCUUGCAGUACGGUGGACGAACGCCUUUACACUGGGCUGCAGAUUGUGGCAGGCCAAAUAUUGUCCGUCUUUUGUUGCGCAAUGGCGCCAACCCUAAUGCUCGGUCAACUAGCGGUCGAUCUCCAUUGCAGGAGGCAGCCAUGCGUAAUCGAGUGGAGGUCAUAAAGAUUUUGUUAGAGAAUGGGGCGGACAUCAAUAGCAGAAGUUUUAAUCAUGGCUGGACACCGAUGCACGAAGCGGGACUGCAUGGACACAAAGACGUUGCUCAACUGCUCUCUGAAAAUGGCGCGUGGCUUGAUCCCCUAACGCAAGGACAGAUGAAGACGCCGCUGCAUUGCGCAAUGAUAGGAAAGCAAGCAGUCGUGGCAAAGAUGCUACUAGAGUGGGGAUCUUCUCCCAACGCUCAGAUGUUCCAUGAUAUCGUGCCCCUUCACAUAGCAGCUGCUGGGGGUUGGGUGGUAGGGAUAGAAAUGCUGCUAAAAUCCGGCGCAUUGGUCAAUUCGAGGGAUGCUCUUCUGCAUGAAACCCCUUUGCACAAGGCAGCACGUAAUUUAGAAACGAAAGCCAUCGACACGUUGCGCAAGCAUGGCGCCAACGAGGAGGCAAGGAAUGUGGAUGGCCAGACUUACCGGGAUAUAUUGGCUUGUGCGCGUGAAGCACCUGAAUUCUGGAGUAUUCCUGUUGACGAUCCAUCCUUUUAUCGUUGA